AUGACUGAAAAACAAGAUCAACGAAUUUGCAUCAAAUUUUGCUUUCAACUCGGAAAAACGAGUUCGGAAACUAUUGAAAUGAUGCAAAAGGCCUUCGGAAGUGAGUGUAUGAGCAAAACACGAAUAAAAGAGUGGUAUAAGCGGUUCAAGGAUGGUCGCACUUCUGUUGAUAGUGAUUCUCGUUCCGGCCGACCUUCGACGACAAAAACCGCAGAUAAUAUUGAGCGGGUGCGACUUGCAAUCGAACAAGAUCGUCGUAUGACUGUGCGAGAACUAGAAGAAGACCUUGGGAUACCAAAAACUAUCAUUUCAGAAAUUUUAACCGAAAAUUUAGGAAUGAAACGCGUGUGUGCGAAAUUCAUCCCAAAAUUGCUCACAGCUGAGCAGAAGAACAUUCGCUUAGAAAUCGCUCUGGACAAUCUGGAAAUGGUCAAUAAUGAUGAUAAUGUGCUUAGAAAGGUUAUUACUGGUGAUGAAUCAUGGGUUUAUGGUUAUGAUCCUGAAACAAAACAACAAUCUUCACAGUGGAAGCAUCCUGAAUCGCCAAGACCAAAAAAAGCACGUCAAAGUCGGAGCAAUGUUAAGUCAAUGUUGAUUGUUUUUUUCGAUUGUGAAGGUGUUGUGCAUCACGAAUAUGCACCAACAGGUCAGACAAUCAAUAAAGAGUACUACGUUCAAAUUUUGAAACGUUUGCGUGAUGCAGUGAGAAGAAAACGCCCGCACUUUUGGGCAAGUGGUGACUGGCUUCUCCAUCACGAUAAUGCGCCAGCGCAUUCAUCCAAUCUUGUGCAGCAGUUUUUGAGCAAACACAAUAUCGCAUUGCUUCGACAACCUCCAUACAGUCCCGACAUAGCCCCUUGUGACUUUUGGCUGUUUCCAAAACUCAAAAAACCACUCAAAGGACACCGAUUCGAUGACAAAACAACGGUUGAAAACAAUGCGACGAUUGUACUUAAGGCUAUCCCUAAAAAUGAGUUCCAGGACUGUUUUGAAAAGUGGAAACAUCGAUGGAACCGUGUUAUUCAAUCAAGUGGGGAUUACUUUGAAGGAUGCCACCCACCAGAUGAUAAAGAAUAA